AUGGAUCCGUCUAGGGAAAUGUUUAAUGGGGCUCCUAGAGAAAGUAUGGAGGGUGGAAACACUCCAGAAAUGAUGGGAGAAGCCGAGUUUACAAGUAAUGCCCACGGAUUACCGUACGGUGGUGUGGAGCCAAAAGGUAAAAGUUGGCAGGUUCAAAAUUUGCUUUGGCAGCAGCCUGGCGGCGAAUAUCCUGGAAAGAGUCCUCGAAUGGAUUACGUUGCAUCGGACUAUGGUUCGAACGCUGGUUCUGUUAGUCCAUCCAAUGUUGGUGCCGGUCCUGCAAACCAAAGAAGUUUCGAUUCUCAUGUAGCACACCACCAUCCUCCUAUUCAAUUAAGCGACUAUGCCCGAGAAUCUUCUUCCGAGUCGCCAUACUACCGUCAUCCUCCUGGUGUCUCUGGAAUCGGCGAAAUGGAAGGCCUUGCUGGUCAAGGCUCUGGUCCUCAGGCAAACAUCUUUGACUCUUCUUCUCACAGUAACCUUGUCCUUUUACCAAACUAUAUCCACUCAAACCCUUCCAAUCCAAUGGACACUCCUCCAAUCUCCAAAGACUUGUACAAUAUCCCAUCCCAUUCCUCCCAUGCUGCCUCCUCUGCCCACGGGUCCCCAGGAAUCUCCGAUUUCCCUGGCUCCCAUCCUCACGAAUUUGGCAUGCGGGCAAACUCUUCCGACCUCUUUGAAGAACCCACUCAUCCCGCCUCUAUACAUCCCUCCAUCAGUAUCUCUACCCUUCUUACAAGAGGCGAGGGUUACGACCCUGCUACUGGCCAUAAUGUUUUGCCCGAACAAAUCUCCCCGGCUAUGGCUCCUCCUUUAGACAUAUCUUCUCUCCCUCAUACCAUGUUACGUGGCGUUUCACCCUCGCAAAAGCAAUCUCCCGUUCCGCAGACCUCCCAUCACCAAACUCGUCGUCGUCUUCAUGCCGCCAACAAUCCUCCACCUGCAAACCCUGCUGCCCCCGUCUUGUCACCUGAAGCUCCCUCUAUAGAUUCCGAUGAAGUUCUCAGUGAAGAUGAAGAUGAGCAGCAAACCAUGGCCAUGCGCUUUCAUUAUCUCCAACAUCUUCGCAACCGACGAGAUGAUGCUGUUCAUUCUGAAAAGAAGCGCCUUUUGGAUAUUCGUUCUUCCCUUCACAAUCGCUUUAUUUGGCGAUACGAGGCUCACUACAAUAAACUUCAUGCACUCGAAUAUUCACAAAACCACGAUUGGGCCGUUCAUCAAGCUAUUCGAGAAGAAGUGGCUGCCCUCGAAGCUGCCAAAGUUCGUGCUGAAGAAGAGCAAAAACGCCGCGAACGACUAGAACUUGAGCGUCUUGAAAAGAAAAGGCAAGAAGAUAACGAAAGAGAGCGACAACUUCUCGAAACUACGGAGCAAAGCGAUCCUCCUAAAGAGGAUAUGGACACUCAUGGCGAUAACAUGAAUGAGUCUGACGAAAUUCCUAUUUCUGAAUCUAGACCAGAAGCUCCCCCUCCCGCGGAGCCAAAGCCCAAAUCUCGAAGUGAAGCUAGAGCUGAGGCCAGGGCAAGAAUCAAGGCAAAGGCUCGUGCAAAAGUCGAAAAUGCUGAUUCUGCAAGUCAGGAGGACGUCGCAAAGAAAGAAGCCGAAGUGGACCAAGCACCCAAACCUUCUACUGCUGAGGACGGAGAGUCUUCACCUGAGACUCCCUUAACUAAGGCUUCCAAGGCGAAGAAAGCAAAGGCUGCGAAAACCGUGGGUGAUACAGCAAAACCUUCCAACGAACAAAAGUCAACACCCAAGAAAAAUGCCAAGAAAAGGCCUCAGCGAUCUGGCCCAGCCGGAGAAGAAGACUCAGCCGCCUCGAAAGAUACAGCAGAACAAACUGAAAAAGCCAACACUGCUGAAGGUACUGCUGAUGGGAAGGCUGCUGCCGCCACUCCUAGCAAAAAGAAGAAGACAGUUGAGUCAAUUCAGUUGCAAAUUAUAAAAGAUAUUGCCAGAAAAGAGGUUCCCAAAGUGUAUAAAAUGAUUCAACAAAAUCACUAUAAUCGUUCAACAAACGCUCGGAAGACCUCCCAACUGGCUUCCAGAGAGGCAAGACGCUGGCAGUUCCGCACUAUAAAGAAUAAUAAAGAUAUGCAAACAAAGGCAAAACGCGCUAUGCGUGAAACUAUGGUCUUUUGGAAACGUAACGAGCGUGAAGAGCGUGAUUCGCGCAAGAAAGCCGAGAGAGUGGCUUUAGAUCGUGCAAAGAAGGAGGAAGAGGAUCGCGAGUCUCGUCGACAGGCUAGAAAGCUGGAUUUCUUGAUUACCCAAACGGAGUUGUAUUCGCAUUUCGUUGGUAAAAAGAAGGUUGACAAAGAAAAUUUACCGUCUUCAGAUGCUCCAACCGCUUCCGCUAGUGAAUUAAAUUUUGAUUCCGACGAUGAAGAAAGCAUUCACAAACUUGCCGUCGAGAACGCUCAAGAAGCCAUGUUACGAACCCGCGAACACUCAAAACAAUUUGACGUUAAGCCAAUUUCUUCAGCCAGUAGUAAUGCCGAUAUGAAUGAGGGUGAAAUGAACUUCCAAAACCCAACCUUGAUGAAUGCCGUUGAUGUUGGACAACCCAAGAUGUUGAUGUGCAAACUAAAAGAAUAUCAACUGAAAGGUCUCAAUUGGCUUGCCAAUCUAUAUGAACAAGGUAUCAAUGGUAUCCUAGCAGAUGAGAUGGGUCUGGGUAAAACUGUGCAAUCUAUAUCCGUAAUGGCUUAUCUUGCCGAAACCCAUAAUAUUUGGGGACCUUUCCUAAUUAUUGCUCCCGCUUCUACACUUCAUAACUGGCAGCAAGAAAUUACUCGAUUUGUUCCGAAAUUGAAGUGUAUUCCUUAUUGGGGUAGCACAAAAGACCGAAAAAUCUUACGAAAAUUUUGGUGUAAAAAAAAUAUGACUUAUGAUGAGAAUUCUCCUUUUCACGUUGUUGUCACUUCCUACCAACUCGUUGUUUUAGACGCUCAAUAUUUUCAAACUGUUAAAUGGCAGUACAUGAUUUUGGAUGAAGCGCAAGCUAUCAAGUCUUCUUCUAGUUCUCGUUGGAAGAGUUUAUUGGCUUUCAAAUGUAGAAAUAGAUUGCUUUUGACCGGUACUCCGAUUCAAAACACAAUGCAAGAAUUAUGGGCUCUACUUCAUUUUAUUAUGCCUACUCUUUUUGAUUCUCAUAAUGAGUUUAGUGAAUGGUUCUCAAAAGAUAUUGAAAGUCAUGCUCAGAGUAAUACUCAGUUAAAUGAGCAACAGCUCAAACGAUUACAUAUGAUUCUGAAACCGUUUAUGUUACGAAGAGUAAAGAAAAACGUUCAGUCCGAGUUAGGUGAAAAGAUUGAAAAAGAAGUUUAUUGUGACCUUACUCAAAGACAGAAAAUCAUGUACCAAGCUCUUCGAAGACAAAUAUCAAUUGAAGAAUUAUUAGAAAAGGCUGUUUUGGGAGGCGAUGACACUGUUGCUAGCAUUAUGAAUUUGGUAAUGCAGUUUCGAAAGGUUUGUAACCAUCCAGAUUUAUUUGAGCGCGAAGACGUACGGAGCCCUUUAAGUUUGGCAACUUGGAGCAGGUCAGUAUACAUCAAUAGAGAAGGCUCAUAUCUAGACGUGCCGUAUAAUACCAGAAAUUUUAUAAGCUUAGAGAUCCCACGGUUAAUGUACAAAGAUGGUGGACUUUUGCAUGUACCAAGUCCGGCAAGUCGAGCUGGCUUCGAAAAUAAAUUUUUGAAAAAUCUUAUGAACAUUUGGAAUACGGAACACCUCCAUACUACAUCAACAUGUAGUGGUGAUGAUUCUUUUUCUUGGAUUCGGCUUAUUGAUGAAUCCCCGUCUUCUGUUAAUCAUUCUGCUCGUAAUCCUUUGCUAAGUCUGUUAGAGGAAGGAAAUACGAGUACUGUUUCCCGUCGCAAAUAUCAAGUGCGACAGUCCCAGGUCCUUAAUGACGAGUACUAUGACGAGCAUAAAAUGCUAAUUCUACCUGAUAGAUCAACUAGAAUUCAAACUUUGGGCGAAGAUGCUAGCUGCGACAGUCCUAUGUACAAGUUAACGAAUGUCGUUGAGGAAAGCGAUUCUCAACUUGAUUUGGUUUUGUUAGACUCAGUUUUGGUGCAAAAAGCGACUGCUCCUCCCGUGGAAAUUUAUUGUCCUGGAAGUAGACAAUUUAUGCACGAUCAGGCUAUGUUUGUUAGAGAUCCUAUGUGGAGUCACUACAUGUAUCAGCCGUUGAAGAGCGAAGAAGACCGUAUAAUUUCAGAUCCAGCCAUUACGGUCCUCCCGCCACCUCGUAAACCUUUGGUUCCUACAUUGGGAGUUGCAAAAGGUUCAUAUUCAUUUGUGCGUGUUCCUUCAAUGUCCCGAUUUAUUGCUGAUUCUGGCAAGUUGUCGAAACUUGAUAAGUUGUUGGCUGACCUAAAGGCAAAUGAUCAUCGUGUUCUCAUUUAUUUUCAAAUGACGAAGAUGAUAGACUUAAUGGAAGAAUAUCUAAGUUACCGUCAAUAUAAAUAUUUGAGAUUAGAUGGUUCGUCAAAAAUCAGCCAACGUCGUGAUAUGGUUUCGGAAUGGCAGACACGACCUGAGCUCUUCGUUUUUUUGCUUUCUACUAGAGCAGGAGGUUUGGGUAUUAAUUUGACCGCCGCGGAUACAGUCAUAUUCUAUGAUUCGGACUGGAAUCCAAGUAUUGAUAGUCAAGCCAUGGAUCGAGCACAUCGUAUCGGCCAACAGAAACAAGUUACCGUAUAUCGCUUUAUUACUAGAGGAACUAUUGAAGAAAGAAUUUUGAUUCGUGCAAAAGAAAAAGAAGAGGUUCAAAAAGUUGUCAUAUCUGGUGGAGAAACACUUCCAAACAAACAGAUGGAUCUGAAAGGUAACUCACGAGAAAUGGUAUCGUGGUUGCUGGAAGAAUAA